AUGGAUAAGCAAAAGUUGGCCGCUCUCCUGUUGGAGACACAGAUCCCCAACACCCAAAACCUCAAGGCGGUCACUGCCGAGCUGCAGAAGAAUUUCUAUACCCAUUCGGAGUCUCUUUUGCUCCUCUGCGAACUCGUUGCGUCGCACGAGGACCUCAAUGUUCGACAGCAGGCAGCCGUACAGGCCGCUCGGCUGGCGGCCAAGCACUGGGAGAAGAUCUCGAAGGAGCAGAAGCCCGCAGUGCGCCAGCACCUCGUCCAGGCCACCAUGAACGAGCAAACCCCCAGGGCUCGUCAUGCCAACGCCCGUCUUGUCGCUGCGAUUGCCGCGAUCGACCUUGAGGACGGCGAGUGGCCCGACCUGAUCCCCGCUCUUUUCAACCUUGCGAGCAGCAGCGAGGUCUCCCAGCGCGAGGUCGGCUCCUACAUUAUCUUCAGCCUGCUGGAGGAGAAUCCGACCUCCUUUGCCGACCACAUCCCCAAGCUCCUCGAACUCUUCGGCCACACCCUCCGCGACCCCCAGAGCGCUGAUGUGCGCAUCAAUUCCAUGAUGUCCAUCGGUGCCAUGCUGCUCAUGUUCGAGCCGCUCGAGGACGAAGAGUCGGUCGCUACCCUGCAGACCCUCAUCCCUCCCAUGGUCGAUGUUCUCAAGGACGCCGUCCAGUCCGGCGAUGACGAAAAGACCGGCCAGGCCUUCGAGGUCUUCCAACAAUUCCUCGCCUACGAGUCGGCUCUGCUUGGCAGGUACCUCAAGGACCUCGUCCAGUUUAUGAUCGACCUGGCCGCGAACAAGCAGGCAGAGGACGAUGUCCGGGCGCAGGCACUCGCGUUUCUGGCACAGACAGUCCGCUACCGUCGCAUGAAGAUCCAGGGCAUGAAGGACAUGGGCCAAGAACUUACUCAGAAGAGUUUGUUGAUCCUCACUGAGAUUGAUGACGAUGAGGAUGAUGACGACAUGGGGCCUGCCCGUUCUGCCCUGGCUCUGCUCGAUCAGCUGGCCAACGACCUGCCGCCGCGUCAAGUCAUCGUGCCCCUCCUCGAUGCGCUCCCCAAGUUCGCGACUUCCGCCGAGCCUGGGUACAGGAAAGCUGGCAUUCUCGCCUUGGGGACCGUGGUCGAGGGCGCCCCCGACUUUAUCGCGUCCCAAGUCAAGGCCAUCAUGCCCUUUGCCAUCAACCUCUUGAACGACCCGGACGUUGGUGUCAGGCACACGGCUCUGAUCGGCCUUGCUCGCCUGGCUGACGAUAUCGCCGAGGAGCUCUCGGCCUUCAACGAACCCAUCAUGACCGCCCUUGUCAAGAACUUGCAGGCCGCCAUGAUGCCCGCCUCGGACGAGAAACUGGCCAAGAAAAAUCUUGAGAUCAUCCGCUCCGUCUGUGGCGCUCUAGAUGCCAUGUCUGAUGGGCUCGACGCGGAGUUCAUGAAGCAGAACGCCGGGGAGCUAAUCAGCAACAUUGGUGCCCUCAUCACCCACGACGACUACAAGGUCAAGGUUGCUGCUUCCGGCGCCAUCGGUGCCAUUGCUGAAUGCCUCGGCCAAGACUUCCAGCCUUACUUCGAGCAGACCAUGCGCGCCCUGGGUCCCUACCUCGCCAUCAAGGACUCGGAGGACGAUCUCUCCCUGCGUAGCGGCGUCUGCGACUCCAUCGGCCGCAUCGCCACUGCUGUCGGCGCCCAGGCCUUCCAACCCUACGUUGUCGACCUGAUGCGGUCCAGCGAGGAGGCGCUCCAGCUGGACAACUCUCGGUUGAGGGAAAGCAGCUUCAUUCUUUGGAGCUCUCUGGCUAAGGUGUACGAGAAGGAGUUUGCGCCCUUCCUCCCUGGAGUCUUCAAGGGCCUCUUUGAGAGCUUGAAGCUCGAGGAAGAGGAGAUCAAGCUCCGUCUCAGCGAGGAGGAGAAGGGCAUCGUAGGCACGGACAACGAGGUCAUCACCGGAGGCAAGAAGCUCAAAAUCAAGGGUGCCGAGGGCGGGGACGAGGAGUGGAUGGAUGACGACGACGAUGACGACUACGAGGACUUCGGCGUUUCCGUGGAGGCGCUUGAGAAGGAGGUGGCCAUCGAGAUCCUUGGCGAUGUCAUCACAUAUGCCUGCGGCACACAAGAGAUCACCGAGUACCUCGAAAAGGCGGUCGAGAGCAUCUCGCCUCUGGCCGAGCACGGUUACGAGGGUUGCCGCAAGGCCGCUGUGGCCACUCUUUGGAGAUCAUAUGCCCGCGUCUGGCAGCUCAUGGAGCAGGAGACCGGCAUCAGCUGGGAGCCCGGUUUGCCGCUCAAGCAGACACCCACUGUCACGCUGGUCAAGCUUGGCGAGAUUGUGUCCAAGGCGACACUUGCACUGUGGCACGAGGAAUCCGAUCGGUCUGUCGUCACCGAGAUCAACCGCAACGUGGCGGCUACGCUCAAAGCUUGCGGCCCUGCCAUUUUGGCUCAAGAAGACUUUAUGAAGGAAGUGGUCACGGUCAUCUCCACCAUCAUCACCCGGUCGCACCCAUGCCAGCAGGACAUGGGCGACGAUGAUGAGGAGCAAGAGGUGGAGGGCUCGUCCGAGUACGACUGGCUUGUUAUCGAUACAGCCCUCGACGUUGUCAUUGGUCUUGCCGUUGCCCUUGGCCCAGGCUUUGCCGAGCUUUGGAAGAUUUUCGAGAAGCCCAUCAUGAGGUUCGCCGCAUCCGAGUCGGAGAACAUUGAGCGGUCCACCGGUGUCGGUGUCAUCGCCGAGUGCGCUGCCAACAUGGAGGCGGCCGUCACGCCGUAUACCGAGAAGCUGCUCAAAAUACUCCUCAAGCGUCUGUCGGACACGGACCUCGAAACCAAGAGCAACGCGGCGUACGCCACUGGGCAGCUCCUCCUGAACUCGACCGACAGCAACACGUACCUGCCCCACUACAACACCAUCCUGCAGAAGCUCGAGCCGAUGCUGCAGGUCCAGGAGGCGCGCAUCAAGGACAACGCCGCGGGCUGCAUCUCGCGCAUGACCAUGGCGCACCCUGACCGAAUCCCACUUCCCGAAGUCUUGCCCGCCCUGAUCAACCUCCUUCCGCUCAAGGAUGACUACGAGGAGAACUCACCCGUGUACGAGUGCAUUCUGAAGCUUUACGAGAACCACGAGCCCACCAUUCAGCAGCUCACUCCCAAGCUGAUUCCAAUCUUUGAGGCUGUCCUCAGCCCGCCUGAGGAGCAGCUUGACGAUGAGACUCGCGAGAUUGUCCGCAAGACUGUCUUUCUGCUGUACCAGGCCAACCAAGGCCUUUUCAGCAGCAACCCCAACGUGCUGAAGCUUGCGGGGGUUCAGUGA